AUGCAUUCUAAAAAGCCAACAGGCAAAACGCCUGACACAUCAACUUCUUCCAAAAAAACCUUCACUAACACUUCACCAAACACUAUGAACAAUCGAAGUCAGACUAAUACUUCAUCACCAAAACCUCAAAUCCCGACGCCAAUUAAAUCACCAAAAAUAAACUCACACAGCAAUAUAUCUACUCCAAGACAAACGGUCAUUAACAACAAACAUAACGCCCGUCUCGCUGCCAGCCAUAAAACGACCUCCUCUUCUCCCCCGUCGCCACACCUAAUCAACAACACGCCGUCGCCACCGCCGUACCCAGUACUGCGAUCUCUACCUGUUCCAAUGUAA